UUAUUUUCCAGCAUCUGUUUUUAUUUUCUAAACCCAGAUGUACAUGUUUAAGGGAAAUCUGUGUGUUUUGUUUCCAGCAGGGUCUAAUUUUGGACCUUGAGUUGGGUAAAAAUGUAUUUAGUUGUAUGUUUGCCCGUGUUUGGACCAGCAUCACCUCCAUUGGCCGAUCUGGUCACAUGGUUCGCUAACUUUAUUCAGUUGACACCAAGUAGGAGGGCUUUAUGGAGGGAGGAAAAAAGACAACUCGAGAAAAAUUAGUAUUUUCUACCUUCAGAAAUUAAUGGCCAUGAGUUCGUAUAUGGUGAACUCUAAGUAUGUGGAUCCCAAAUUUCCUCCCUGCGAGGAAUAUUCACAAAAUAGCUAUAUACCUGAGCAGGGCUCGGACUACUACAGUCCAUCGCAGGACACAGACUUUCAGCAUCCAGGGAUCUACCCACGGUCAAACUACACGGAGCAGCCCUUCAGCUGCAACACUGUGCAGGACUCCACAGUGCAGCCACGGGGUCAUGUGCACGAAAGAUCCAGCCACCCGAGCCAUUUUAGCGCACAGACUGAGCAGGGGGCCCCGGUCCAAGUUGCCGGACCCCGGACUUGUGGACAGCAGCAAAACACAAAGAGCCAAAAUGGGAUACAAGCCAAGCAGCCUGCAGUAGUUUACCCCUGGAUGAAGAAAGUUCACGUAACAACUGUGAACCCGGAUUACACAGGAUCGGAGCCCAAACGGUCCAGGACAGCUUACACCCGGCAGCAGGUCCUGGAGCUGGAGAAGGAGUUUCAUUUUAACAGGUAUCUGACCAGGCGGCGGCGGAUUGAGAUUGCCCACACUCUUUGUCUCUCCGAAAGGCAGAUCAAAAUCUGGUUUCAGAACAGACGGAUGAAAUGGAAGAAAGAUCAUAAACUGCCCAACACCAAGGGCAGAUCUGCACCAGCCUCCAGCCAUCUGCAAAGCAUUCAGAAGGACAACCAGACUGAUAUCACAGCGUUAUAAGAGAGGAGGGAGUCCUGAUAUCGCCACACAUUAUCUGUACAUAAAAGAGACAAAGGUUGCAUCUGACUUUUGCAUGGACUGAUGUCGUUUUAGCCUCUUUUUUUAUUUUUUUAAUUUAACAAAAAUGACCCCAACAGUGUUGACACGAGACUGAGUCAGAAAAAUCAAUCAGUCUUUAUAAGUGAGGUUUGCAAGUUGAGCCUCUUCUGUGUUUUAUUUCAUUAAAAACACAGAAAAGCAUCGAAACAAACUUUUUUUUUCUUUUUCCCUUAUUUUAUUUGGACGUUUCCCCCUUGAGGACAUUUAUUACGCAAGCUCGGCCCGAUUUCAUGGAUUUAAAAAAAACUAUAUCCCCUCUCCUCUCAUGGAUUCACGUGAAGAUUCUCUAAUAAUAAUAAAAAAUAACAACAGCGAGGUCAUUCGUUAAAAUUACCCACACACGAGGCUCAGUGUUUCUCCAAAUGAAACGCCACAUUUUUACGCACAAUAUAUAUACUUGAAGGAAGCAUUAUUUGCAUAGAGCACGCCAAACACUCCUCAAUCUACUUUCGUAAGUUGCAAAUCGUCCCGCUGGAUUUUUCUUUUUGUGAGUUGUAUGUUUUAACUUAUUUUGUACAAAAAAAAAGCUUUGAAAUUUUCUGCGCCUAAAUAUUAUUCUCAAACGUAAGACAUUCCUGUGUGCAAACUAUUCAGAGUGCCCUUAUAAAUCUCUCCUGACAUCUUUGUAAACAGUGUACAUUUUCAGAGGCUCUCUCAUGCUAUUUGAAACUCAACAUAUGAAAGAUCAUUUGUUUCCUGCAUGGCAUCAAAAAAAAUUGAUAUUUGGAUGUUUCUCAUCGGAAAUAAUCAAAAAUCCUGAAUAUUUAGGAGCAUAAUUGUUUAUUUUUCUUGAUACGAUUUUUCAUUAUUUAUUUGUUUAAAAACAAACGUGUACAUUUUUUCCUAUAGCACACAAAUUAAUUAAAAAUAUUCGUUAAAAAACUUAUUAUUCUGAAAUACGUUGGAACUCUUGUGCAUUAUUAGCAUGGCUUUAUGCAAAGUUUUUAGUCUUAGUUGAUAUGGGAAUCUUCUUCUUUUUUCAUUUACAACAAACCCAGCCGAAAGGGGGGCUUUCAUCAGGUCACGUUUCAAGACAGAUAUUUCUUGUUUUAUACCGUCAUUGUCCUCGGACAAGAAAAGCCCAGAAGCUCUCCCCCAGUAUGAGGAGGGUCUCCUCUCUUGAAAAGUCUUCGUGAUGAGAGACUUGAAAAGGUAUUUCAAACCGAAGGUCGACAAAAGCAGCAGCAGAGGCAGGUUCAUCCAGGGGACACAUUUCAGCCGCAAGGACUGACCCCAACACCCCCUGACCCGCCGGACAAUUUUCUCUCCCAGGCGCUCCUCGCUUUGCUUCUUGGAGAGCUGCUCAUUCUUUUAAAAAACACACAGAGAGAGGAAAAAAAUGAGGCUAAAGCUCAUUCAAACUGAGAACCAGCGAAUUCCACAGUCUUAACAGUAUUAUAUUAAAAUCAGCCCCCGAUAAAGGUUCUGAUUUGUGCAUUUGUCUCCUCAUGUCAAUAUGCAAUCUUUUUGUUCUUAUUUUUGUACAUGCUUUUUACCUUGUACUGUGCAUUGAGAUGUGAGAAGUAUAUUGGAAAAAAAUAAAGAUUUCUACUGAU